UUGUACCGUUAGCUUAAGAUGAUUCUGGCCAUAGUGCCUUGACACCAGCAGUAAGUUUUCAGGUUACAGCGGAACGUGUUAUAAGUACCCUGUGCGAGUUAUAUAAAGUACAAUAUAAUGGCUAAACGUCUACAGAUAUUUCUUCAAAUCAGUCUACUUGUUGUUCUGGCAUCAUCGGCUGUUAUAAAACCUGAAAAAAACACAAACGAAACGGAAGAUUUUGUUUUAAAACAAGAGCCAUUGAAGAAAAGUAAGAUAUAUUAUGCUCAGAAGCUGAAAAAAUACAAUGAGGAGUCGAAACAAAAAGUUAUAACAGAGGCACCUCUAUUGUCUACAUCAACAAGUCAAUCAACAAAUGUGCCAAGCAACAUAGAAAAUGAGAUAACAUCAGAAGAAAACAUUGAUAAUAGCACUGCAAAUUUUAGCCAUUCGACCACUACUGAAAAUAUCACGGAAACAACAACUCCAUCUGAUGUCAGUUCAUCGAACGAUGUGUCUUUCUUUAAACUGUUUCUCGAUAUUUUAAAUAUUAAACUAAAUAUGACAAGAAAUCUUGUCGAAAGAGUAAGAGAUAACAUUCUUGAUCACGUCCAUCAUUACGUUACUGCAGUUCAAUCCAAAAUAGACGAGCACUACAGAGAACGGCUAGAAAAACAGGAUAUGAUGAGACGUAAACCCAUCAAUUCAACGGAAAUAAAUAAUUAAACAAUUAAUAAGUUAAGACAUUAU